GAAAUUAACCUUAAAUUAUUCAAAAAAUGUUCUUUCGGUAGAUAUUGUCAUAUUAUAUUAUUAUAUUAUAUGUUGCGGCUUUUGUUCGUAGUAUUUGUUUAUUAUUAAAAAUGAGAAACGUAGAAAUUAAAGCCAGAGUUAAAAAUAUUGCAGAUUUAGUAAGCAAAGCAGCUGAAUUAAGUGGAACCAAAGCUGAAAUUAUAAAACAGCAUGAUACAUUUUAUAAUGUUAACAAUGGAAGGCUAAAAUUUAGAAAAUUUGAGGAUGGUCAUGGAGAAUUAAUUUAUUAUGAAAGACCUGAUGCAGAAGGGCCAAAGAUGUGUUCUUAUGAUAAAUCCUCAGUACCUGAAAGUAGUGUAAGUUCUUUAACAACAGUCCUUGAACGAGCUCUAGGCAAAAAAAGCAUCGUCAAAAAAGUAAGGCAAUUAUUUUUGGUAGAUAAAACUAGAAUACAUAUUGAUUCCGUUGAAGACUUGGGAGAUUUUAUGGAACUUGAGGUUGUUUUAAGUCCCGAGCAGACCCCUGAAGAAGGAGAAAAAAUUGCUCAUGUUUUAAUGGGGAAAUUAGGUAUUGACAAGAGUGAUUUGAUAUCAGGAGCCUAUACAGAUUUGUUAAACAAAUAAGUCUAUUGUAAAUUACAUGUAUAUAUUUUAGUUGGAAUGGAAGUCUAAUACAGUUAACAAAUAAAAUAUUUACAAUAAUAAUAAUAAUAAUUAUAAUUGUAUGCCCUAAUACCC